UCAUUAGCGUUUCGUUCCUCAAGCUGUGGUGACGUUUAAGCAUUGUUCAGUGUUCGCGCAGUAAGUCGUCAUUCGAUGUGCCUUUUUUUGCGUUGGAAAAAUGUAAACUGCAAACUUUUCUAUCUAAGUAGACUAUCGAUUUAGCGAAGAAAAACGACAAUCAGCUGCGAAAAGUUUAAUAUCGCAGCAGAAGAGUUCAUUGUAAAACAUAAAACUAGAUAAGUAAAUCGAAAAAGUGUUAUAUCAUUUGGCGUCGAUCAAAAUUUCGAGUGAAAAGACUUUGUUGAAACUCAAGUGCAGUUUCAGUGCUAUCGUUCUCGACAAGCGAUCUACCCACGAUGGACCCAUCCGCCGAGAGAACCGGCGACAAAGUGGUCUCUCCCGCAGAGCAAGACCAGAGCACCGGCACGGAUAUUCUAGGCGCAGAAGUGUUCGAGAGUUGGACAUUGAUAGAGCCAUCGCCGAAACGUACAACGCCAAAUUCCACCAAGGAUUCCACGGUAGAGACCGCCGGAAAAGUGCAUGAUCUCGACAAAGACGAUGAGGAUGACAGUGUAGAAGAAGAAGAAGAGGUAGAGGAGGAUGAAGAAAGUGGAUCGGAGGAGGCAGACGACAGCGAGCAUAAACCCGUGGAUGCAAAGGCAAGCGAAAGUGAAAAAGCGAGUGGCGUGGAAAAUGUUCCGGAAAAAGAGAAAAAAACGAGUCGCGAAAAACCUGGUGAUGAUGAGCAACACAAAAAGAAGCGAGAUGACAAUGAAUACAGUGCUGUCUCAUCCGACGAUAUCAGUGUAGUAAACAAAGGUGAGAAAAGCAACGAAUCGUUCGUGCCCUCCAGUAAUCAGUCACGUUUGCACUUCGGCAAAGGUCCUGACCUUGACAAGUGUAAACCCGGUGCACCUCUGACGGCACUCUCACCCGACCGGAAAAGUACCGAAAUUGCCGAGCGUGGCACAAGGCAAGUCACCCGAACAAGUCAAACGGUCGGCCUUCAUCCUUGGAUAGAAAGGUCUAUGAUAAUAGGUUCUAUCAUAGCAGGGCUCGUUAUAGCCGUUCUGUUGGGACAUUCACGGCUCUCGCAAUAUCGGGAUAACGCUGUUAACUUUCAACACGAGCAACGGAUCUCCGAGCUGGAACUUGAGAAUAAUUUGCUGCGAAAUGAAAUGAAUAAGCUGAAGUACACGCGGUCCGAAUUAGAUGAGCAAGUUUACCAAGCUCAAGCGACUUGGAUGUUAAAUGUGCUAAAACAUGUUCAGACGAAAGCCACACCUGAGCCGGAUGCUAAAUUGGAGCCCAAGCCAGAACCAGACUCUACCGCCACUCCAGCAUCGGAAGCGGAACAGCCAAAGGUUUCAAAACAAGGGGAUUGGGUUGCUGAUGAUGAGUAUGUGAUGCCAGAGUUCUGCCAUAACGAAAACGUCGUCAAGGAUGCCCUAUACUCGGAGUAUUCGGCCAAGUACUGCGAUAUCAAACGUCGGAAGAUUGAGGACAACCUAAGAUCAAGAACCAAGGAACCUGAGAUCAAGAACAACAUCCAACCAACCGCUGAGAGAGUGGAAGAAGAUAAGCAGAAAUUGACUCCACCUACUCCGACGAAAAUGCCAUCACUAUCACCAUUCAAUUUCGAUUAUAAUGCAGCAUACGAAACACUCAAAGAAGAAGGAGCUGUGAUCGUCGAAAGUCUUAAAGCUAUUCUAGAUCUAGAUCCGGAACCAGAGUGGGUUACACCUCCUCCCCAACCAAACGAAGACGGCUAUGUGGCAGAUGAUGAAGCUAGCAGCAGCUCAACCAUUGACAGCACUGCAGAGCCAGCCAAGCCAGUAGAGAUCAACUGGGACAGUUAUCCACCCUGGGUACGAGCAAAGUACGAACAGCAACCGGAGAUGCAUAGUAAACUAGUAAACAAAGCGGAAAUUCUGUGGAGUUGGGAAAACAAGAAAAAUCAAUUCCUUCAAGAUGUUGGACUGGAUACGCUGGAAGAUGUUGGCAAAGCAACGGAAGAAGAGCUGCAGCAACGAUUACAGCGGAAUAAGAAAGGUGACCAAAAGGUUGGCAAGCAGGACGCCGAACAAAAGGACAAGAGCGGGGAUAAGUUCCAUGGUCAAAAAGAACACUACAAGCAGAACAAGGAAUCGAAGCAAUACAAUAAUGGUAAACAGCAAAAUUUCAAAAAUGACAGUGGCAAACAGAGUAAGGAAAUGAAAGAUAGAACAUCAUCGGGUGAUGGUUACGAUAAGAAGCAGCGCCGUGAGCAAGAACAUAAAUACGAUAAGAAAAAUUCGAAAGAAUUUUCUGGCGAUGGUAAACACGAUAAAUAUAAGAAACAGUGGAAAGAAUCGUCCGACGAGCGUGACCACAAGUACUACAAAAAUUCGGGAGAAAACAAUUACAAGAAAGAUUCUGGAGAUGACAGUAAAGAAAGGAAAGACAAAUGGAAGCGGUCAUCUGAUGAGGGAAAGCACAAAAACUGGAAAGAGCAUGAAAAUAAAAAGCAUUGGCAUGAUGACGAUGACGAUGACGACGAUCAUAGCGAUGAAGAUCGCAGUCAUCACGACGAUAGUCAUGAGCAGUUUGCUUCUGAAAAUUCUUACCUGAAGCGGCACAGUGAAGAACACCCGAAAACCCACAAACAUAGCGAUGAAAACAACCAUUAUAAGAAAUAUGAGUACCAAAAGCACCACCACGAUGACGACGAUGAUGAUGACGAUGACGACGACGAUGAUGACGAUGACGAUCAUCAUAAACAUCACAAACAUCACAAGCAUCACGAUAAACACCAUGGAAAGGACGAUCAUUAUCGCAAAUCAGAAAAACCUUGGCACGAUAAGAAACAACAUCACAACAAAGGCAAGCAGGAACACUGGAAUAAGCGACAGGAGGACUCGCACUCGCAGGAAGGACGGCGGUGAAACAGAACAUACAUACAGGGAAUGAUCCGUUUACUAAGUGUGUUUUUGUGUCCAGUUUAAGAUUGUAUCCCCCUUAUGGAUAUUUGGCGAGACAGAUUUUGAUUAAACCCAAAAAACUUGAAGCACUCCAUAGACGAGGUCAUAAGAUACACGUCACGUCACGUAGUCCGAAACAUGCAGUACGGAUUUUGCUCUAGUCAUUCAAGCGGAGCUAUACUCUGAAGUUCGUUAAUAUUUAUCACGAAAUUCAAACUUUCAGCCACAUGUGAUCUCUAGCUUCACUAGCAAAAAAAAAUGUGUCUUUGUUUCUGGUCUCUUCUGUGGAGUUUUAUAUUUUCUUGAACAUUUGGAAACAUUUAUUUUUAUUUCUAUUCGACACAUAUCCUUAUCCUUAGUCAAGCCAAUAAUUACACUACUUUUAAAAAUUCGA